CAUCAUCUCAUCGUUCAGGCACCCUUAGUAACAGUUUACUAUACUCGUACAGCCAAAGGAAAUACUGCAUCCGGCUAUUCUCUCAACUCUCUCGCCGUUCUCAAAACUCAAUCUCAACGCGCCGACGACCAAGACGUCGUCACCCAUUCUUCCGGUAGCCUUGCAGCUCAGAGCGUGGAUUACAGCAUUUUCAGUGUAGAUACGGGGUAUAUCGCCGAGAUCGAGGUGGGGAGUGCGGGCAAGAAGUAUCCGAUGUUGAUCGAUACGGGAUCGGCUGAUACUUGGAUCGGGAACAAGGAUUGCAAGAAUUGCCGGGUUACCUUGUCCUCUGACGACAGCUCUACAUUUAAACUCGGAACCAAGAACUUUGACAUCACCUAUGGUCUCGGCUACGCUGCAAUGACAAGCGCGACCGACAAGUUCGGGAUCGCCGGGAUGUUUGUCGACCAGUUCGAUUUCGGGUCGGCUCACACGGUGGACGACCAGUUUGCAAACCCUGCGACGCCUUUUGUCGGGAUUCUCGGGACCGCUCAAGGCGUCCUCACCGCUCAGGGUGUCAGGAAUCUGCCAGAGCGUCUGAUGGAUACCGGUGUCAUUCCCAACGCUGUUGUCGCCUACGCGCUAGGCCGGGUCGCCGACGGGGAGAAUACUGGUCAACUCACUAUCGGUGGCUACGAUGCUGGUAAAAUGAACGCGGCGACAACCCAGAUUCUGGAUGUAGCGGACAAGAGCGGAUUCUGGAACACCCGAAUGGGAGCCGUCAUGGUCGAUGGGGACGUAGCCGUUCAGGAAGGCCGAGUGGUGAUCUUAGAUACUGGAACUACCUUGAUGUACCUUCCUCCCGCUGAUGCCGAUGCCAUCCACCUGCUUAUCGAAGGUGCCGCUCCGUAAGUGACGGUCCCGAAGUUGUCUUUCUUGCGCAAGUCUUAUUGUUUCCCAUAGAAAUCACUCUCAUAAGUCUCAAAAGCACUCUAAAAUAUCUAAAGGAUACAUACCUAUUGUUUCCCAUAGAAAUCACUAGGGAAACAAUAGUAACUGAUACUAGAGUAGUUUGUAAGUGCUUUUGGGUCUUUUCGCUACUAUAGCUCGCUCGCGAGACGCGUCGCGUCACGUGACACUUCCCUUCGACGUCUCUUCGAAUAUGUUGAUGACGAUUUCGGCGAACUCGAAAGAUGUCGACUCCGGCGAGCCUAAGAUAUCGAGAGACCCAUGAGGUCCGAGAGGUAGCGAAUUUGAAUCCCGUUGAGUGGCUUGGUCAUGCAGUCGGCCAGCAUGUCUUUGGUAGGGAUGUACUCGAGUUCUAGGGUUCCGUUCUCGAUAGCUUCCCUGAUCGCGUG